AUGGCAGGCAAUCUCUCCUUCCCUAGCAUAUAUUUGCUACCAGGCCGCCUCCCGAAAGACGAGCUUGAAAAGCUGCAGAAACAGAUCCCAUCAUUAACGGCCGACACAAGCAAAGCGGACAUCUUUUUGGGCACGCUGUCGAACAAAGAGAGAGCUCAGUUUGAGCUGAGGCGCCUCGGCAUUGCGACGAUUGAACUGCGAAAGCCCGGAAAGAGGGCCAGGACUGCGCCAACGCCGGCUGCUGCCCCUCCGGCUUCAAAACGGAGGAAGCUCGGCGGCCGAUCUCCGGUACCGAUCGUCAUAUCGAGCUCGUCGGACGACGACGGCGUCCAGGUUGUAGCACCACCAGAGCCCAUUCUGAAAGUAGUCAAGCUUUCUUGGUUUACCGACUCGGUCGCUCGUGGCGAGGUCCUCCCUUUGGACGACGGAUACAUGGCCUACGAAGGCCGUAGGGUGCAGCCAGAGCCGACGGUAGAGCCGUCCACAUUCUCAUCCCCAGUGCCAAGGUCGGACGACAUCCUGCUGCGCGCACAGGCCGACGCUGUGGCUGCUGGCGGCCACAGCAGCGCGCCUUUCCGGUCGCCACGCAGGACCAAGCUCGGCACCACAGCACCACCGCCGCGGCCGUCAUUGAUCCGGCAGUCGACGUCGGACGUGGACGAGAUGCAAACGCUGCCACCCAUCCCCGACUUUUUGCACACCACCUACUCGUGCCAGCGGUCAACGCCCGUGCACUGCCCAAACGACAAAUUUGUCGAGACGCUCAAGACCAUCCGCGUGGCGAGGCAGCUCACGGGCGACAAGAUUGGCAUCCGGGCGUACUCGACAGCCAUUGCCACGAUCGCCGCCUACCCGUACAAGCUGUCCACGCCCCGCGAAGUCAGCCGCCUGCCGGGGUGCGGGCCCAAGACGGCCGAGCUGUUCCGCGAGUUCCAGGCCAAUGGUGGACACGUGCGUGAAGCCGAGACCGACGAGACCGACGCGCGGCUAGCGGUCCUACGUCUCUUCUACAACAUUUGGGGCGUGGCCGAUACCACGGCACGCGCAUUCUACAACAAGGGCUGGCGGGACCUCGACGACGUGGUCGAGUACGGCUGGGCGGAGCUGACGCGGGUGCAGCAGAUUGGCGUCAAGUACUACGACGAACUGCAGGACCCGCUGACGCGCGUGCAAGUCGAAGCCAUUGCCGAUCGGGUGUUGCAGCACGCCACCAACCUGCAGGAGGGGUUCCAGAUGGUGAUUGUGGGCGGCUACCGCCGGGGUAAGGAGCUCAGCGGCGACGUCGACAUUCUCAUCAGCCACCCAGACGAGGCGGCGACACAUCUUUUCAUUGGACGGCUUGUUCUGUCGCUUGAGCAGGCCGGCCUGGUAACGCAUACCCUGACGCUCAGCACAGCCAACUCGGAGCGCGGCCAAGAGGCGGUGAGCUGGAAAGGGAAUGCGCCCAAGCACAACCUCAACUCGCAAGGCGGCGGCGGCGGCGGCGGUGGCGUUGGGUUCGACACACUCGACAAAGCACUGGUGGUCUGGCAGGAGCCGAUGGAAACGGAAGACGGGGACAGGGACCCCAAAACAAACGCGGAACCAGCGAAGAGAAAAAACACCAACCCACACCGCCGGGUGGACAUUAUCGUCUCGCCGUGGAAGACAGUCGGGUGCGCCGUGCUCGGCUGGUCCAGUGGAACGACGUUUCAACGUGACCUGCGGCGGUAUUGCAAGUACGAAAAGGGCCUGCGCUUCGACAGCAGCGGCGCGCGCAGCAGAACGGACGGAUCGGUGGUGGAUUUGGAAGGGUACUAUGGGGGCGACCCUGCGCCGGAUAUGCUGACAGCGGAGCGGCGUGUGUUUGACGCGCUGGGGCUGGAAUUUCGUCCGCCGAACGAGCGGUGCACUGGAUGA